AUGUCAAAAGACUCUAGGAAAUCGACGUCGAAUUUUAUUGCACAAAAAGAAAGAAAAAGUGCUCGUUUCAUUCAUGGCCUUACCAUCACCAAAAAAACUUUAUCCGUAGUCAGCACUGUUGGAGACGCUGUUUCUCCGUUCUUGCCAGCAAUCAGCACAAUAUGCACCUUAAUCGAGCAAAUCGUUCAAAUUUACGAGAAUGCUCAAUGUUAUAAAAAAGUUUGCAACACAUUAGUCGAUCGAGCGCUGAUGGCCGAAUUGGCUAUCAGUGGACUGUUAAGAAGAAAGAAGGAAAAUGAAGAGAAUUUUCGUAAACAAGGAUUUUAUAUUGCCUUUGAAAAAUUUGCAGUUGUCAUGGAAAAAAUUCGAGAUUUUGCUAUAGACGUAUCGCAAAUUAGCGGAGUCAGAAAGUAUGUAGAGGCGAAUUCUGUUCAAGAAAGGUUUAAGCUUCUGACAUCAGAAUUUGAAGAAUGUAUGAAGGAUUUGCACUUUACUCUGGCGGUUGAAAGUGAAGAACAAAGAAUAAUUGACCAAAGAAGUUUAAAAGAGGAUGUCAAUUACAUUAUGGAGUAUCUACGCAAAAUCAACGACGCGCAUUAUAAAGACAUGGCUUUAUUACAUCAAGAAAUUCUAUCAAUUAAAUCUCAAACGAAUGUAAAAUUAAAAGAGAUUGACUCUAAGCAAUUAUCGGAUCCUUUAAUUGGAAAGAGUGACGAUCGACGCGGUUCAGUUAUUAAAAAAUUAUUACGGAGAACAUUUGAUGUAGCGUGCAAACCCAUUGUUCUCCAGAAGUCCGGAAAAUCUAAUGUCAACUUGGCCAUACUAGAAAAGGUCAGCGAUUCGCCAAAUAUUCUACGUUUUUACGGCCUCUCGAUUGUUGAUAAUCACGAAGUCAUGAUCUUUGAAUGGGCGGAAUUGGGAAACUUAAAAGAAGUUUAUGAAAAACAUGAUAUCCCGUGGCCUAGGAAAGUACAGAUGGCUCUUGACAUUUGUCGUGGUAUUGCUUUUCUGCACGAAGUCGGCGUUUUUCAUCAUGAUAUUAGAUGUCAAAAUGUCAUGAUAACAAGAAACUUGGAAUCAAAACUAUUCAACUUUGAGCUUUCUCGAGAGGUAAACGCUCAUUCAGUGGAUAUUACCGAUAAGUUCAUGUCCUGUCUCUUUUGGAUGGCUCCUGAAAAAUUGAACAGAGAUAAUCCUUACAAUCACAAAUGUGAAAUAUUUAGUUUUGGAAUGCUUCUCUGGGAACUCUGUUUUGAAAAGGUGCCUUACAAAGGGAAAACGACAGAAUAUGUUGGUAAACAUAUUCUAAAUGGCGGCAGAGAAGUUUUGAAAUUCAAUUAUAGGAAGGGUGAUGAUGUAAUUGAAAUUCAGAAAGAAUUCGCGAAGAUUAUUAAGCAGGCAUGGGCACAAGAUCCGAACGAAAGAAUAUCACUUCCAUUGCUAUUUUUGAGUUUGGAAACCCUGUGUGCAAAAUAUGCGAAGCCUGAAAGUCUCUGUGGCCUAUUGCCUGACAAAUCCUUGGUUUAUGAUGAAGACGACGAUGACUUCGAUUGCAUGACCGAAUUCGAAGAUCUCACUAAUGAAAUAGAUGCCCCAAUUACGCUUGACGAGGGAAUAGAACUUCAUAUGAAGAGAGAUGAUGAAUCCAGGAAGAAGGCUUGGGAAUGUUUCUCCAAGCACGCUGAUCUUGGAAAUCCCAAGGCCAAGUAUUGGAAAGGCUAUUAUUUAUGGCAAGGGUAUUGUGUCGAGAAAGAUAUGGUUAAAGCACAGAUGUUAUUUAAAGAAUCUGCUGAUGAGGGAAUCGUCGACGGGCAAUUGCGUUACGCAUUUGCAAUCUUUAAAAAAACAAUGGAUCCUGCAGGAAAAAAAGAAUUUGUUGAAUACUUGCAAAGGGCAGCUAAUAACGGCAAUGCUGCAGCUGCUUUUCAAAUGGCGAUGCUGUAUUUUCAUCGAAGCAAGAGUAUUGAUAGCAGCGAGUUUGUUGAGAAAGACAGUGAGUUGGGAAUAAAAUAUUUAAGUAUUGCUGCAAGGAAUAAAUUCGCAAAGGCAAUUGAAGAGAUGAGAAAUAUGGGUUUGGAUAUUUAA